AUGGGUGACAAAGACGAACCACAGAUGUAUAAAAAGCGUUAUAAGAUUGAUAAGAAACUUGGUGCUGGAAACUUUGGUACAGCUUAUCUCGUCACUGAUCUGAAAUCGAAAACUGAGCCAAAAGUGUUGAAAGUCGUUCGACUCGGUGAAAUGGACGAGAAUGAAACAGUUGAUUCUGUUCGUGAAGCCGAACUCCUCUCCAAUUUACAUAACGACUAUAUUGUCAAAUUUCAUGAAAGUUUUCUCGAAAAUGAUUGUUUAUGUAUUGUAACUGAAUUCUGCGAAGGUGGCGAUCUUGAUCAACGUUUAAAAGAAUUGAAAAAACAAAAUCGUACGUUAGAAGAAGAUCAGGCGAUUGAAUGGUUAAUCCAAAUUUUAAUUGCUGUUCAAUAUAUGCAUAAAUCGAGAAUUUUACAUCGCGAUUUAAAAGCAAGAAACAUUUUUCUCAAAAAUAAUAAAAUCAAAAUCGGAGACUUCGGUAUCAGUAGAAUAUUAGUUGGAACGAUGGAUGUGGCAACAACAUUUACUGGUACACCUUAUUAUAUGUCACCGGAAGUUAUGAAACAUGAUGGAUACGAAGCGAAAUCAGAUAUUUGGUCGGUUGGUUGUCUAUUGUACGAAAUGUGUACAUGUCAACAUGCUUUCGAUGGUAAAGGUCUUAUGAAUGUGAUAUACAAAGUAGUGGAAGGAAAACCACCUGAACUACCCAAAACAUAUUCGAAAGAAUUGAAUGAUUUACUGAAAAAAAUGUUUAUCAAGGAUCCAAAGAAUCGGCCAACUGCAGCUCAAUUACUAGAAGCUCCCUUUCUCAUCGGCCAUCGUCAAAGAACCAAAUUAACCGGUCCACUUGAGAACACAAUCAAUGGUAAACUUCGUUUAAACGAAAUCAAUCAACGAUUUGAGAAAUCAGUAAAUUAUGGUGAAAUGAGAGAUCAAAAGUGGUCAGCGUACGGUAAAGAUUUUGUUCCCAGUGAUGAAAAUGAUAGUGAAUCGGAAAAUACUAUUCAACAAAAACAUCUGCCACCGGUGCAUGAUGAGCCCGAAGAAGAGGCAGAGGAAGAUGAGGAGCAAACUGUGAAGCCUGCACAAACCAUGAGCGCUACUCAACGAGCUUUGAUGGAAAAGAAAAUGAAAGCUGCAGAUGCUAAUGCACAACGUAUUAGUCAACAUAUUCAAUCUGAAGCAGCUCGCAAUCAGCAAAUGCGGCGGGAGAAAACGAGUUUAGGAACGAUGAGACAACCCAAACCACCUGACGAGGACUCGGAUAACCAUGACGAAGAACCCGCCAAUAACUAUCCUCGAAAUGCCGGUCCGAAUCGUGGUGCGCCCAGACGUGCUCCGUUUGACGGUGGUUAUGAAGAUCGUCCUAUAACACCAAUGCGAGGAUCGUACCAACAAGUUGCUGAUAGAUUGGGUGGUGAUUAUGAUUCUGGAUACACUGAUCGACGUACGAAUAAUCAGAGUCCAACGCGUGAUAACGAAAGAACAUUAUCAAGUCAACGAGCAAUGUCAGCGUCACAACGUUCGAUGGGUUCUACAAAUUCAAUGAGUCGGACGAUUGGCCCACAUCGUGCAUCAAACUAUCAACAACGAGAAAAAUACGUGUCUCCAGCUAAAACACUUGGCGGUAGUAUGACAAGAGAGAAGUCGACUUUAUAUGACGAUGGUGCAACACUACGAGAUGCUCCGAAGAAUGAUGCAUAUGGUCCACAAGCACGAGAUGCAAAGAUCCACAAAUUACGAGCAACAGCAAUUAGUAAAUUGGGUGAAGCAACAUUCGAAAAAGUGUAUGAUUACUAUGUUAAACAACGUACGCUCCAACGAACGGAUACAAAUUUGGACGAUGCCCAAAUCGCUCAAGGCUUGAAAUCAAUUGUGAACAACACUACGAAUUGUUUCGAAGUUGAUCAGCUGGUUUUUCUUGAACUUAUGCGAGAGUAA